AUGCAAGUCAUUCGUUCCCUCCGAAGUUUUCCUCCAAAUCCGUUUCUGUCCCAUUCGCGACGCCACUUCUCUGUCCUCGACCGGCCACCGCCCAAGUAUCCGGGCCAUGUGCCUCUCACUCGUCUGGAACGCGCGGCGCUCGCUGUCGGCUCUGGGCUUUGGUCUUUCAUAGAUCCUAGGCGAGGAGAUCUAAUCGCUACGUUUGCCGAAGUAACUGGAACUGAUCAUUUCCUACCACGUCUAAGAGACGCUAUGCUCUCUCACGCGACUGGCCGCCGUAUCCUCCGCGAUAGGCCACGUAUAACCUCGACAUCAUUGAAUUUACCAUAUCUCCGUUCCCUCUCCGAAAACACAGUUGGACGCGUAUACGUUUCCUGGCUUGAUCGCGAAGGGGUAACGCCCGACAGUCGUGCGCCAGUUCGCUUUGUCGAUGAUGAGGAGUGCGCCUACGUGCUACAGCGAUACCGCGAGUGCCAUGACUUUUAUCACGCGCUCACCGCACUGCCUGUAGUACGCGAGGGCGAGGUGGCGCUCAAGGCAUUUGAGUUUGCAAACACGCUCCUGCCUAUGGCCGGAUUUGCAUCCCUCUCCGCAUUCACAUUGAAGCCUGGAGAAAGGGAGAGGUUUUUGUAUACCUAUUUGCCUUGGGCUUUAAGCAACGGACUUCGUGCAAAGGAGAUUAUCAAUGUGUACUGGGAGGAGGAGAUGGAGCGUGAUAUGGGGGACCUGCGUCAUGAAUUGGGUAUUGAAACGCCACCGGACCUUAGAGACGUCCGGAGGCGAGAGAGAUUAUCGAAGCAGCACCCAAAGGACUAG